AACGACACAUCAAUAGCUUUUUGCGAAGUUGCCGAAGCUAACGAUUGUGAGAGUGAAAAAUAAGAGCAGCACAAUAGCAAGCUAUAUUAUUGUCAGUUAUUUUAAAAGAUUGUACAAUAACAUUUAGUAUUUGUAGAAUAGUCUUCUCGUCGCCAAGGCUUGCGAAUAGACAGGAGGUGAUGCUGUAACGUUUAUUAGUAGCAUCAAUGCUUCAAGACGAGACUGAAAGGCUAAAAUAUAGGUAGCUAUUAGUUAGCUAGGCUUGCUAUGCUAAAGUCACCGCUUAGUGCCAAUGAAGCUGAAGCAAUUGCUCGGACAGCUCUUGUGCAUGUGACUCAGCUAACAGCAGGCUGCUAAUCGGGAGGACUGAAACGGGUUUGUUGACAUGUCGUCUCCAUCACCGGUACAAAUAAGGGAGGCAAACGCGCAUCUUGCAGCUCUGCACAGACGAGUCGCAGACCUGGAGCAGAAACUCGAGGCAGCUGAGAACACGUUGAGGGAACAGGCUGAGAGUCUGAUCAGAAAAGACGAACAACUCAGGACAUCUACACAGGAAAUAACGGAGAACAAGGACAGGGAGAUUUCCUACCUCCAUCAGAAGCUUUGUCAGUCAGAGGAAUCAAUUCAGAAACUUCAGCACAUGGUGAAGGAGAAAGAUUCUCUGAUUGGGCAGUUGCAGCACCGCUGCCAGCUGUUAGACAACAUCUGCAAAAGCCGUCCUCUUUUAGACAGCAUGCUGGCCCAGAUGGCUGAGGUUGAGAGAAUGGGGCCUGUUAUUGACUUGGUAAAUGCUACAGCAGACACUUCACUCACGGAUGGAGAGUCCAACUGCAGCCCCUGUGGCAUCUCCAAUCACAAAGACUUUUCACUCAGUGAGGAUGACAUGGAUGAUCCAGAGCUAGAGGGCGUGAUGUUUGGAACAACAGUAUGAGAUGAAGAAUCCAUCUAUUAUGUUUCUCUAGUCUGUAUCUUUGGUAGAGCAAAUGUGGAACUUUGUCCACUAUGAGACCCAGAUUUUACUAAUACUUUCCAUCCGAAUGUCUGGGUAUGAUUCUGCAAGCUGUUCCGGUUACGUUAUUGCAGUAACGUUGGAUUAAAUGUAAUGGCCUAAGACAAUAAUUCAAAAAGGUUUUAACCCCAUAUCCACUUAUUUCUAAACUUUUUCAUUUUGGAAUUUGACCACCAUAAAAUGACUUUAAACAUGCAAGGUCAAUCUUUUUUUUUUUUUUGUCUUAACCAUCAUUCAGUGAGGCAAGAAAAUGAGAAGCCUCAUCCUUGUACAUUUUUAGACAAAAGCAUACAUUGAGUUGGGUCAUUCAAACAAAAAAUUGUAUGUAUGUAUUAGUUGCCAGUAACAUCACAAUUUGUAAAUGUUCUUUUCUUAAUUUAGUUGUUAUUCCUUUGUCAUCCCCUUAGUAGCAUUAAUUUUCAGGUCACAUCCAAAUAUAAAUUAAUUUAAUGCAAUUAUGCAACGCAAGCAUUAUUUGGCGAGAAAAAAAGAAUGGUUCCAGUUUAUCGGCUUGUUGGAUGUUUUGUCGUCUUAUUCAAGUGGGUAACUGUUGCACAUAUUCUAGUCAUCAACUGUCCUAUCUGGAACAUUACAGCUAGAAAAAGAAACUGUUAAAAUAUCUUACUGUUUUAUGCAAUGGUGAAGUGUGCUACUGCAUCAUGGCACAGUGCUUGUGUAUCAGGGCAUGUGUGUGUUACCUUUUUAUUUUCUACAGAGUUGAUUGGUGCCUCAGAUGUGAUCAUUUGGUCUAUGGAAUUAUUUAUUCUACAUUAAUAAACUAUUUUGCUAAUCUA